AUAGCUUCCAGUCCUGGCAACACCCCGUCGCAGCCAGUUUCUGGGAGUGACAGCUCUCCGCCCAUGUCCAGGGGCGGGUCUAACACGGAUUUUGUGACGGCAAACCGGGAAAUGAAACUGAAAGAUCGGUCUGCAAGGUCCGUGAGUGGGAGACAGCGAGGACUGUAGAUGCUGGGAGCCCGGAACGUGGACUUUCCUGCUCCUGGAGUCCUGUGUGUGCGUGUUUUUCCAGACUCGUGUCUAUUGACUCCUGGCACCGUCAGUUUCGGUUUAGCCCGGCUUUAAUUCUGCCGGAGGCUUUGUGUGAGAGAUUGCACACAACGUGUAAAGCUCUCCCUCCCUGUUGCUGAGGGAAAUAGGCAAGGAGCUGCGUUCGGAGGAGGGGGAUGCCGAGAGACUGCGGCCUGGGCUGAGGGGAAUGAAGCCUUUCACGGGGACCGAGCACCCGACCCGCUGACAUGUGUAGAGGGAACGGGCAGCUCUCUCCAGGAACAUCCGAGACACCAGCAGGAGCUGAAAAUUUCCUGUAAAACCCAGCAGCAGCUGCUCUCCGAGGAUUGCAAGACCCACAGGAUCGUCCUGUGCAAGAGGCAGCCGAGAAGCUGAAGUUGAACAGGAGCAAGAGAUCAGGAUGGAAAAGAUGACCCCAGAGGGAGCGUAAGGGUGGAGAAAAUCGACAACCAGAGGAAGAUUUCCAUUUAGUUCCAACUCCAUCAUCUGGUCUCGUGGGCUUUGUAACUGGGUCUGCAGAAUAUUAGCUGGCUCCCUGGAUGGCCAAUAGCACUGUGCCAUCACCUCCCCAGAUGAGCUGUUAAAACAUUCCAUGAUAUAACAUUUGGAUGGCACGGUGGCUCAGUGGUUCGCACUGCAGCCUCACAGCACCAGGGAUCCGGGUUCGAUUCCAGCCUCAGCAGGAACUGCUGCAAACGUUAUUAAAUCCACUCCAGAACAAGAAGACAGAAUAUAGUACCUCAAAGAGCACCUAUGAGAAAAGGUUAGCUUGCAUUAAGCAGCAAACAAACGAGGCAGAGCAGCAUGUGAAGAAAGAGUUUGACAAACUGCACCAGUUUCUCUACAGGGAGGAAAAGAUUGCCUUGCAGAAACUGAGGCAGGAAAGGAAGAGAAAGAGCCAGUUGGUGAAGAGAAAGAUUGAUAAGAUAACUGAAGAAAUAGCAGCGCUGUCCUUCACCAUUCAGGAGAUACAGCAAUUGCUGGGGGAAGAGGACCAUAUCCAGAUUCUCAGAAGAUAUCCAGAAGUGGAGAAAAUCUACAGAAUAAAGAGAUCUACCCCUGUUCCUGUGAAGGCUGGUCCUAUUGUCAAUGUAGGGAAGGCCAUUGGAUCUCUGCAAUACAGAAUCUGGAAGAAGAUGUUGACAGUGAUUACCACAGCUCCAGUGACCUUGGACCCUUGUACAGCUCAUCCUUACCUCCUCCUGUCUGAGGAGUUCACAAGUGUGAGGCACACCAUGAAAAGACAGCAGCCACUCUCGGACGCCCCGGAGAGAUUUGAUCCUUGCCUGUGCGUCCUGGGACGUGAGGGAUUCACAUCUGGGAAACACCACUGGGAGGUGAUGGUGGGACAAAAGACUGAAUGGGAUUUGGGUGUGGUCAGAGAGUCUAUCAACAGGAAGGAAGCCAUUGAUCUGAAUCCAGACACAGGAGGCUGGGUAAUCGCGUUGAGAAAUGGAUCCCAGUACAGAGCUGCUACCAAGACAUGGAAGCAUUUAGAUCUGAGGGAGAAGCCGAGGAAGAUCCGAGUCUCUCUGGAUUAUGAGGGAGGGAAGGUGUCCUUUUAUGACUCGGAGAGCAAGACCCAUAUCUACACUUUCACUGCGACUUUCACUGAGAAACUCUAUCCCUUCUUCAGUCCUGGUUACAACGACAGGGGUAAAAAUGCCGAACCACUAAAAAUCUGUCCUCGGACAAUAAUAAUCCAGGAGGAAUAGAAUUUUUGUUUGAAUCAAAGGGAAAUUCUGCAGAUUGUGGAAAUCAGGAAUAAAAGCAGAAAUGGCAGUGGACCAGGCAGCAUCUGUGGAGAGAGGGGUGACAUUAAUCUUUCAGAAACUACAGUCAUUUGACAACUUUACUCUUAAAUGACAGUUUCCUUUUUCUCUUGCUGUGUACACUUCCUGCACUUCUAUCUUUUGUUUCUGUGCCUGUCCUGUUUCUAUCCCACAGGGACUGGGCUCAUCAUUGUUUCCACCAUCUCCUGUCUCCCACGCUAUCGCAGUGCCUGAAAUAACUCCAGAGACGCCUGUAUCCUGUUACCAAAUCACCCUGUAUUUACUGUGGAGAGUCUGUGACACUGAUCCAGCUCCCAGAGUGUACAAAAUCUGUGACAUUCCUAUUUACUGUCUGUCAGCCAGGGCUCCCUGAUUGUACCAGAUUAACAACCCCAGACAGGGAUCUCAUACUCUUUGAGGUCCACCUGGCUGACCUUGUUACAAUCACUACAUCAUCCCCUUCUAUGUGUCCCUCCCUUUGUACCUAUCUAAAGCAUGUUACCCUCUAACAUCUUCUACCAUUGAUGAAGGGCUAAGCCUGUUUCUGUCUCUCUGCAGAUGCUGAGUAUUUCUGGCAUUUGAUGUUUUUAUUUUACAAUCAUUUAUUUUUAAUGUCAAUUAAGGCUGAUGAAGGGAUAGCUGUAUGCACUUUUUCAGGAUCUUUCUAUCAGUAUCUGAGUGAUCCUUCUUAUCUCCUGCAAAUUCCAGAGUUUGGGAAACUAAUGUAUAAGCAAUCAUUUGUUUUUAAUAUUGUGAUAAAGGAAUAUAAGGUAGAGAACAUUGUGUAAAAUAAUUCUAAUGGGUUUAUAUUAAUAUCUGGGCAUCUAUUAGUUUUCAAAGAAUGACUCAGCACAGAAGAAUCUCCCACACUUAUUGCCUUUUCUGGUUCUUUAGCGGACCAUCCUAUUAGUUGACUCUCCUGGCCUUUUCCCUUUAUAGUCCUGAAAAUGUUUUCCCUUCAAAUAAUAACCCAGUUUUUAUUUCAAAGUUCGGCUUAUUGUUUUUAACCUUGACUGUGGCUGUGUGCCCCCAGCCAAUGUCAUCUUGCUGAAUAGUUUUACCGAUGAGAGGCUCCAAGACAUUUUCAGAGUUUCUUCCUUAUUUGUCUAUGCAAUAUUGGACAUGGAGAAUUUGCAGCGUCUCUGAAUGGGCUUGAAAUUGAUUUUCAGAAACCUGGCAUUCGCCUGCUUUUUUUUUGGGGUGUGGUGGUGGGUUGGAGGUGGCUAAAAGAGGGAACAGCUACUCUGUACAACAGAAGCUGUUCAAAACCUGUGUCCUUGUUUGAAUUUAUGUCAGGGCAGAAACACAACUGGUACUGAAUAUCCCAACCUCAGUAAUAAUACAGAAAUUGUAACAAGCAAAAGCCACAAAGAGUUGAGUGAUGGGAGAAAUUUUAAGCAAGCUCUCGAGGCAGGAACUUUACAGUUUUGGAUAGAAUUCUGGUUGAGUUCAAUUUGGAAGGAGUAUUUGAUUUGGACUGUUUUACCCAAUUUUUUAUGAUUCUUGACUGGCAAUUGAGAUCAAAGUUAAUUCCUCACGGAAUUUACACACUGAAUAAGUGUACAUUGAAAGAAAGAUAUCUUUACUCAAUGUUUGUGAAGAAAAACAUCUCCCAGCUCUAUUGUGUGUUUAAUGUACAGGAGUGGGCUUGCUCAUUUCUCCAGAAAGAUUGGACCAUCCUUCAGUCAGUUCAGGAGGAUGAAGUGAAUGGGUUUGCAAGCAAUGAAAGUAACUGUACUCCUGUCACCAGGAAGAGGUGCGUUACUGUGCCUUUUACUGUUCUUAAAACAAAAUAAAGGAAAA